AUGGCUACCCCCAGUGUUCUUGCAUUUGACACUGAGGGCCGUGCUGUUGACUUUGAGCACUGGGUCGAUGACCUCCAGCUCUUCCUCCACUGCGAUAGGGCAAACGGCCUCUCUCUGUUCGACCUCACCUCUGGUGCCUCCCCUGCCCCUCCUGCUACUGCUGACAGCACUGUUCGCUCACAGUGGGCCACACGCGAUGCUGCUGCCCGUCUUGCUGUGCGUCGCCACUUACCGACCACUGAGCGUGCACACUUUAGCCAGUACAAGAGUGCUCAGACCUUUCGGUCGGCGCUGCGUCUUCCCCUAGCGGGAGACGCCGCACCAGCAAGGGCAAGGGGGGCAGGGGCGCUGGAGGGGCUGGCGGGGGUGGCGGAGGUGGUGGUGGAGGCAGUGGAGGGGGUGGGGGUGGUGGUGGGAGUGGUGGCGGGGGUGGCGGCAGCGGCGGCAGCAGUGGAGGCGGAGGAGGCGGCGGUGGUGGUGGAGGGAGCGGAGGCGGCGGAGGUGGCGGAGGAGGCGGAGGUCGAGGAGGCGGCGGAAGCAACGGCGGCGGCGGUGGUGGAGCGGGUCGCUAAUCUGCUCAGAGGAGUGGGUCAGCGCAGUGGGGGUACUCGUCCCUGCACUAACGUCCUCCGUACCGGCGACCGAGCUGGUGAGCAGUGCGGGGGCCCGCAUUCCACCGAGCGGUGCUUCGGCCGCCUGACGGACGCGUGGUGUCGCCAGUUCCCUGAGGCGUCAGAGAUCCCUCGCUGGGGAGAUCUGUCUAGGGCGGGGGUUGCCAUCUUUGAUCUUGACUAUGAUGCUAUCCUUGCUGCCAUGUAUGCUGUGAUUACUAGUGUUGAGGGUGACUGUUACCUGUCUGUACCACCUGACCCGGGCAUUGUGGCUACUGCUCUAGGUGCUGGUUAG